AUUCAAACCACCUCUACCCCUAUAAAUAUCAGCAUAAAAAACUGAAAAUAUAGCCAACAACAUUUCUGAACUCAUUACCAUACAUUAUUGCAGCUAGCCAUGGACACCAAAGAUGAUGGUAUUUCUAGAUCUGUAGUAGAAGCUUCACCAGCUCAUUACAUAAUGAAAAUACAAUCAUUUUCACUCCUCACUAAUAAUUCUAUAGAGAGAUAUGAAUCAGGGAAAUUUGAAGCUGGAGGCCACAAAUGGAAGUUAGUUCUGUAUCCAAGUGGAAACAAGAGCAAGAAUGUAAAGGACUAUAUUUCUCUAUACUUGGCAUUGGAUGAAUCAAGCUCACUUCAUCCUGGUUGGGAAAUCUAUGUAAAUUUUAGAUUGUUUUUGUUUGAUCACAACAAUGACAACUACCUAGUUGUUCAAGAUGCUGCAAAAAAGGAAAGAAGAUUUCACAGAAUGAAAAUUGAAUGGGGAUUUGAUCAAUUUAUUCCUCUCAAGGAUUUUAAUCUUGGCUCUAAAGGUUAUCUGGUCGAUGAUACAUGUGCAUUUGGAGCAGAAGUCUUUGUUUGUAGGGAAAGAAACACAGGUAAAGGAGAAUCUUUGAACAUGAUAAAGGAUGCCCACCCCUACAAGCACGCCUGGGAGAUUAAGGACUUCUCUAAGUUGGAUUCAGAAUGUUGUGACUCUAAACCAUUCAAUGCUGGAAACUACAAGUGGAAGAUAAAACUAUAUCCCAAAGGAAAAGGCACUGAAUUGGGCAGAUAUCUUGCUAUGUACCUAGCUUUAGCUAACCCAACAUCCAUUUCUCCAGGUUCCAAAAUAUAUGUACAGACAACAUUGCUCAUACAUGAUCAAAAACAAGGAAGGCAUCAGAUUGGGAAAGCUAAUUACUGGUUUAGUGCCUCAAGCCAUGAACAUGGCUUUUCCAGAUUUCUUUUGCUCAGUAGUUUCAACAGUCAAUACUGGGGGUAUCUAGUGAAGGACACUUGCUUGGUAGAUGUUGAGGUUACAGUCCUUGGGGUGGUUGAUGCAUUGUCUUGAGAUUGUUUUAAGGCAUAUAUGUGUUAUUAAAGAAUGUAAUUGCAGUGGAGCCUAGGAUAAAUCAAAGAAUUCAAGAAAAUUAGCAGUAGUGCUCCUGUGAAUUCUACAAAUACAUUACACAUUCUCAAUCCUACUUUCUAUGAGUGUAACAGGCUUCAUUUAUAUACAUGUCUAUAUUCUAUUGGUUGUCGACA